AUGACAAGUGAAGCAGAGGUGUUGGGCCAACUCUUCGCUGGAAGCCCCACUGAGAGUGAUGAUACUCUCAGUGGCAAGACGAAGCAGGAACGCUUCAACGAGCAGAGUUGCAAGAUUCUGCGAGAGCACAUGGAUGUGCUCUCGGACGGAACUCCCGCGGAAGAAGUAUCCCGACGCGACAGCGGCUACUGUCGCGGGAUCAAGCAAGGUGCGCGACGCAUUGCUUGUGUUCGACUUCGCACCGAACUGCUUCUACAUGAUACUCGUUCACAGCCGGGCUGUGGACGGGAAGAAGAAACGCGCACGGAAAUGAACCGCUGCCCGUUAGAUGCGGCCAAGCUGGGAUUGGCUGCUGCGCCGAUCUUGACAGUGGUUGUCCAAGAUCGUCCCUUUCCCGUACACAUCCGAUUUCGCGAUCGGAUGCGUGUUGAUGAUCCAGUGCAUGACAAGGAAACCCUUGUCAUGAAGAAUACACCCCAGAAGUGCCGAGUGCGAUGA